AUGAGUGCUGCUGCCCCAAAAGCUUCACCUGAACCACGUCCAUCAGAACCGAAACCAACAGAUCAAGAUGCGCCUAGUCUAGUGGUUGCACCACUGGAACCAGUAGAAGAAGUUAACGAAAAUAUUCCCAGCGAAAUAUUUGAGCGUCCGUAUGAGGAAGACCACUUUAUCGAAAAUCCUGCAAAAAUAUUCGGGUUGAAGGAAAUCUUAGAACCGUUAACUAUACCUUCGUUAAAUAAUGUUAUAUAUGAGCUUGGAAUCGUUAAUAUGUGCUGGCCAGAGAUCAGUGAGCCGGUAUUCGAGACUCGCACAUGUUUUCCUCCAAGCUACUACACAAAUAGUACGAAAGAACGAUUACUGUUGGCCUACGCAGAGAACUUCCGGCGACAGUUUAAUUUUCAUUUUAAAAUGCGAAAACCUCUCUUGUUGCAAGUGCCUAAUGAAUGUGGUUUGCAGAAAAUGGUGUGCACUUCAAUACGGCCAACUAAGCUGUGCUUUGCUGACACGAACUCUUGGCAAGGGGUCGCAUCUUUAGUAUCAGAUUACUUCGACUACGAGCCGUUAACUAAACCCACAUUACACGUGAGUAAAUAG